AUGGUCAAGGAGACAAAACUUUAUGAUAUGCUUGGAGUAUCUCCAACCGCUAAUGAGCAGGAAUUGAAAAAGGGAUAUAGAAAAGCUGCUUUAAAAUACCAUCCAGAUAAGCCAACAGGGGAUACUGAAAAGUUUAAAGAGAUAUCAGAAGCUUUUGAAAUUUUAAACGACCCUCAAAAGAGAGAAAUAUAUGACCAAUACGGUAUCGAAGCUGCCAGAUCAGGUGGUCCAAGCUUUGGUGCAGGAGGUGCCGGUGGUCCUGGAGGCGCCGGUGGGUUCCCUGGAGGCGCUGGCGGAUUCUCUGGCGGCCAUGCUUUCAGCAAUGAAGACGCUUUCAACAUAUUUUCGCAGUUCUUUGGUGGCAGCUCCUCAUUCGGUGGUGCAGAUGAUGGAGGAUUCAGUUUCUCUGGCUACCCAUCUGGCGGUGGUGCUAAUAUGGGGGGUAUGCCAGGUGGAAUGGGAGGCAUGCCAGGUGGAAUGGGAGGUAUGCCAGGUGGCAUGGGAGGAGGCAUGGGAGGCAUGCCCGGUGGUUUCAGAUCAGCAUCGAGCUCUCCCUCAUAUCCGGAAGAAGAAACAGUCCAAGUCAAUCUGCCAGUUAGUCUAGAAGACUUAUUUGUUGGCAAGAAGAAAUCGUUCAAGAUUGGGAGAAAGGGUCCACACGGAGCAUCCGAAAAGACGCAAAUUGAUAUUCAAUUAAAACCCGGCUGGAAAGCUGGUACAAAAAUAACGUACAAAAAUCAAGGUGAUUUCAAUCCACAAACAAAUCGCAGAAAAACUUUACAAUUUGUUAUUCAGGAAAAGAGUCAUCCAAACUUUAAAAGAGAUGGCGAUGACUUGAUUUACACUUUGCCACUAUCUUUCAAAGAAUCACUACUAGGCUUUUCAAAAACUAUUCAAACAAUCGAUGGUAGAACCUUACCAUUGUCAAGAGUGCAACCCGUUCAACCUUCGCAAACUUCUACGUACCCUGGCCAAGGUAUGCCAACCCCAAAGAACCCAUCUCAGAGAGGUAAUUUGAUUGUAAAAUAUAAAGUGGACUACCCAAUAUCGUUAAAUGACGCCCAAAAACGUGCUAUAGAUGAAAAUUUUUGA